AAUAAAUCGUCCUUCAAUUCCAUCUUGAACUGUAGGUAGCAACUACGCCAGCUAGGUAGUUUUUUUGAGGAAAUGGUAGUAGGCGAGGUGAGUAAUGGAGGUAGGGGGCAGAAAGCGAUGGGGAACUUCCUCCUCCACGUCCUCACCGGCCGGUGGUUCAUGGUCUUCGCCUCCCUUCUCAUCAUGUCCAUGGCCGGCUCAACCUACAUGUUCGGUCUGUAUUCAGGGGAGAUCAAGUCCUCACUGGGAUAUGACCAGACAACCUUAAAUUUGAUCAGCUUCUUCAAAGACUUGGGAGGAAACGUGGGUAUCAUCUCCGGCCUCAUAAACGAGGUCACUCCGCCGUGGGUGGUUCUCCUCGCCGGAGCACUCAUGAACUUCUUCGGCUACUUCAUGAUAUGGCUGGCCGUGACGGGGAAAGUAGCGAAACCGAAGCUGUGGCAGGUGUGUCUGUAUAUAUGCAUCGGAGCCAAUUCCCAGACUUUUGCAAACACAGGUUCGUUGGUCACUUGCGUGAAGAGCUUCCCGGAAAGCAGGGGAGUUGUCUUGGGACUGCUGAAAGGAUUUGUGGGUCUGAGCGGCGCAAUCAUCACGCAGUUAUACCAUGCUUUUUACGGCAAUAACGACGGGAAAUCUCUGAUUCUGCUCAUCGGAUGGUUGCCGGCGGCUGUCUCCUUCGUUUUUCUCAGGACAGUGCGUGACAUCAAGCUGGUUCGUCAAACCAACGAGAUCCAGAUCUUCUACAAGCUCCUCUUCAUAUCCCUCGGCUUGGCCGGGUUUUUAAUGGCCAUAAUAAUCGUACAGAACAGAGUGGCGUUUACCCGGCCGUUGUACGCCGGGAGUGGCACCGUCGUUCUCAUUUUACUCUUUUCCCCUCUGUUUCUCGUGUUCAGGGAGGAGCUCAAUCUCUGGCAAACCAAACAGCGCAAUUUAAGAAACGAAUCUUCUCCUUCUGCUACUUCUCAGGUACUGAAGAUUGAAAUCAGCAAACAGGUGGCGGCGGCCACCGCCGCCGGUGGGGAGCAGAUUUCUUGUUUCAAGAACGUGUUCAGCCCGCCGCCGAGAGGAGAGGACUACACCAUACUGCAAGCCCUGUUCAGCAUCGACAUGAUUUCUCUGUUCACGGCGACGAUGUUCGGCGUCGGCGGGACGUUGACCGCCAUCGACAACCUCGGGCAGAUAGGGAAGGCGCAAGGGUACCCGGCGGAGAGCAUCACGACGUUCGUGUCACUGGUGAGCAUAUGGAACUACCUGGGACGAGUGGUCGCCGGAUUCGUGUCGGAAAUCUUUCUGACCAAGUACAAAUUCCCCCGCCCGCUGAUGCUCACGGCGGUUCUCCUCCUCUCCUGCGUCGGCCACCUCCUCAUUGCCUACGCCGUCCCGAACUCUCUGUACGUCGCCUCCAUCCUGAUGGGUUUCUGCUUCGGGGCUCAAUGGCCGCUGAUCUUCGCCAUCAUAUCGGAACUCUUCGGCCUCAAGUACUACUCGACUCUGUACAAUUUGGGAGGCGGGGCCAGCCCGGUCGGCGCGUACCUCCUCAACGUGAGAGUGGCCGGACAUUUGUACGAUAAAGAGGCGAGGAGGCAGCUCAGAGCUGCAAAGGGUCUUGCCGCCGCCGCACUGGGGGGCGGCCGAGAUUUGACUUGCACAGGAGUGGAGUGUUAUAAAACGGCUUUUCUAAUAAUCACUGCUGCUACAGCUGUUAGUGUCGUGGUAUCUUCGAUACUGGUGAUUAGGACAAGAAAAUUCUACCAGGGUGACAUAUACAAGAGGUUCAAAGAGCAAGCUCAAGCGGCGACCAUGGCGGUGGAGAUGGAGAAAUCUGUCGACGUCGCAUCCGAGUCAACGAAGGGACUGGCGCAUGCAGAUACCCAGGAUAGUAGGGAUUCAAAUUCCGGCGAGUUGUCCAAGUCACACCAGCCUAAAAUCUGACUAUUUAUUUCACUGGCGAGAUGUCGAUUUUUUUUCUUUUAGAGAAAAUUACUUCUACCUCUAGACGCUGAUUAGUUGGAAAGGUGAAUAAUGAUCUUAGUUAACUCUAAAAUCUAAAGUCUUUUUUGUCAAUAUUAGUAAAAUGAAUUGAAAAGACAAAAAUAUGAUCUAAAAUCUAAAGUCUUUUUUAUCAAUAUUUUAAACUUCUACCUGCUAUUUUUCUUUGUCCUAAUUCAAUAUCUUGGAGUUUCAUGAAACAGCCUACUAUGUCUCGUUAUUCCACUGAGGUUGAAUAUAGAGUCAUUGCUUACACCGCUGUACAUGACACUCUACAUAUUCGCUCCAUCUUAUUUGAGCUUGAUAUAUCUAUUUGUGAUCUAGUUCGACUAUUGUGUGAUAAUGUUUCUGCAUCUUAUUUAUCAGCAAAUCCUAUUCAGCAUGCUCGCAGUAAACAUAUCAACAUCGAUUAUCAUUUUGUUCGUGUGGGAGUUGCUCAUGGAGAUCUACAAGUUCGCUAUGUUCCUACCCAGUUCCAUCUUGCAGAUAUUUUUUCACAAAAAAUUAUCUCCACAGCGUUUUGUUUUUCUUCAUGAAAAUCUGCACGUAGUUCCUCAUGCACAGAUUGAGGGAGUGUAAUAAUGUAUAAUUAUUACUUUCAUAGAAUUCUAGUUCUGGUAGGAACCCUUGUACUCUCAGACUCAAUAUUUAUUUAUAUAGCUCUCAGGUCUACCAAUUCUGGUAAGUCUGUCCAUUAUUCUCACAAAAUGUAUGUAUAGGCCAGGAGAAAGGAAGAAAGCAUUAUAGCCUAUAGAACAUUGCGUAUGGCGGUAUGUUCCUAUGCUAUACCUUAUGGACAUGCAUAUUUACACAAAU